GCAGUAUCGGAUCAUGAUUCCACGUUUACCUCUUCGACGAGCAUUUUUUUCUGAAAGCGAAUCUCCGAUAAAUUUCAGUGUCAGAUGGCCAACUUAGAGCGUUUUUUCUUUGCUAGGUUGAUUCACCGACAGAACCAGACACAAAGCGGAAGAUGAUCAUCGAAACAGCACAUAGAAUUUUCAAGUUUUUGUUCGAGGUGUACCGCAUUGAAUAUACUUUCGUGUGUGAGCAUCUGCUAUAAUCGUCUCCGUGUUUUUUUUUCUACGAUACCUAUGACAACGCACUAUCAGAUUUCUUUCACAACAUAGUGAUGACGGGAAAAUUUUCUGUCUGCCUCAUGUCUCCCUCGCAGAAGUCAUGACAUGAAGUUUCGCCAAAGCAGGUGAAGCCUUCGACCGGCAAGUAGACCGAUGACCAGUUAGUUUGGUUUGACCGGCGUAUUGGGAAACCAGUCUACAAUGCGAAGCCGCACAAGAAUGUGGCUUCUCUGUUGCAGCAUUCUGGUGACCGCCGGCAGUGUUACCAGUGCCGCGACGCCUGCAGCUGCGACGAGUCGUCUUAUUUUUCACUACGUGCCCCAGUACCAAAAAAAAUGCUUCAAGAGGAGCGACUUUUUCUCAGACGAAGACGCUGCACAGACCGCGGCAAGAGAUCCAAAUGUUGAGCGGACAGAACUUUCUGUCCUCGGCCUCGUUGGAAACCCUAGCCUGAUGCUGGAGAAUGCUGCUGACGAAACGACUCUCCAAGCAACCUCCGCAGAGGGCGCCGCCGCCGCAAAGAAAGCACGAACUCCGGACCCUUUGCGCUACGGCAGUUUUGACGCAACGAUGGUUGACCUCGCAAGCAGCGCAGCAACUGACAUUUGCGUCGCAACACUAUCAGAGCCUGGGUGUAGCUUUCUCGUCGUGGCUACCGGCGUCAAUGCAGCCGUCCCGCUGGGUGUGGUACCGACAAGCAGUAUCACGCGCCUGCAAAACGGUUUGCCAAGUGUGGUCUCGUGGCCUGAUUACUACGCGAGCGGACGAAAGAAGAACGCUGACGCGACAACUGGCGUAAAGAACCUUCGCUGGUUCAAGUUUGAGUACGGCAGGCCUGCGCAUUCGCUGGAAACGGCAGUCCAGAUAGAGCUGCUGCAGUUUGCGGCGCCGGAGAUCUUGAAUGCGGAGAUGGCCCUCAUGGAACAAGAUUUCGCCCCUGCACGCGUUCUGAACGUCUACCGCAUCGAUAAGACGUCCAGCUCCAGCACAACUUCAUCUACUUCGCAGGAACUUAGGGAUCCGCUUGCGUCUUAUCCGCUGGAUUUUCAGGGCAAUCGGGUCUGGAAGUUGACUCUACCGACGUCAGUGGCGGACCACGAGAAGUCUGAAUCGAAGGACGGAGUAACCUCCUCACGACGGGAGGAGCUGCUGUUGUCGAUAGAGGACCAGUUAGUCAACAGCGAUAUGAUUACAGGAGCUGCUGCUCCAUCAUCGAAAAUCGCAGGAAACGUUGCACCAGUCGACGGUGAUAGCGAUAUGCAGUACACUCCCGCAAUGGUGCUCACCGUCACUGCUAACCCGGAGAGCGCUGCGCUCGCUUUGGCUGCAGCAAACAGUGAAAACAAGGUAUCAGACGGACAGAACCAAGCCGAAGCGGCGCCAAUCGCUGCGCGAUUGGUUCCGCACGGCGUUCCUGCCAGGGGAUAUAUCGAAGUUCCCGCGGAUGUUGCACCGACGGCGAAAGUCUGUGCGCCCAUUCGGUACUCCACGCUUUUCCACGCAGCGACGGAUCUGACGAUUUCGCUCGUGACAGACGACAGCAACGACUUUGCAAGCAGCACAGCUGGAAGUUCCGCGGUUGCAUCUUCGAAAGUAGCCACCACUUGGCAUCUCAGAGCAAAAGCGGCGCCCGAUUUGUGGUCAGCAGAUUCUUCACCCUCCUUGUCUACUGCUCUGUCAUCCACCAAAACCAGUGCCGUUGGCGCCGCUGCCUCCGCUGCCAUUGCGGAAGGAGAAAGCGUAAUGUCAGCUGUUUCGUCAACCAUCAAGAAAUCGUGGUCUUCGGUCUUUGGCAGUGGCACUUCCUCGUCCUCCGCCUCCAAGACGUCGGAAACCUCUGCUGACCAGAUCCCCGCCGGCAGCUAUCUGGGCGCGAAACUGGACAUCUCGCGCACUGAACUGGCCGCUUUGAGCGGUUCGACCACCAGCGCUUCCAUGACCGAAAGCGGCCCGGUGCAGAUGAGCAAUCAGUUGGAGAUCGAUGUGUGCCUGGAGGGAGGAGCAAAACUGGACAAAACCUCCAGUAGUGAGUCGUCGACGACCGUGGCGGCGGAUGAAAACCUGCUCGGUGGUGUUGCAAAGAAAAAUCCGACGGGAGACGAAUCCAAAACGCCCGGCACCAUCUACUUUUUCGAGCUGCUGGUCGUGUCAGCGUCCGAAAUGAUCACACUGGAGCCUGGCAAGCCGGUCACCGCCACGAUUCAGUCGAACCACUGGCAGGACUUCCGCAUCUUCGUGCCCCCGCCGACUAGCGUUGCUACGCAAAACCCGAACUACGCUUUGACACUCUCCACGCACGGCGAGAACCACGCCCGGACUUACCUGGUCGCGGACGUCCGACACUUCGCGCGCGACCCGCGGGCGUACCGCUGGAAGAGCGGGGCUCAGGAGGACGCCGGGGUGGACGAAACCAUCGUGCUCUCGCCCCUGCACCGCGUGUGCAAGUACGGGGGCAUGGUCCACCGCAAGCUGUGUUUUGUGUACGUGUCGACGUUCGCUUGGUUUCCCGAAGACGGAGAACGCGGCAAGAGCGAUAAUCCUCUGAAAGACCAGGCGGCAGAGUUUACGAUUUCCGCAACAUUCAACUCUCCAAACAGCGCGGGGACGGAUGUGUCACCGGCGAAAGGGGCGGCGUUUUCUCCGAAAGACGGCGACGACGGAUCAAAUCUUCCCGUCGAUGCAGGAGACAUCACUGCGACGAGCAACGCGCUGCAGAAGCAUCUCGUUUUGCGAGAAGGUGUUUCGCAAGAUGUUGUCACGUCAUCAGCAGACACUGCGAGUGUUUUCAAAUUUGAAGUCGACAAGCGCGACGAGGGAAUAGUGGUCGGGUUGGAGCACUUGGAAGGCCGGUGCCGCGUCAAGAUUUCGGCCUUCGAUGAUGUUGCCAGCGAUCCAACGGCCGAUGGCGUGGCAGCGACACCCUAUGCAGAUGAUGCGGUUCUACUGACGCCCGGGUCGCCGGUUUUGACCGAGGCAGCGAACAUCGCCGCGGCAGAGACAAAUGUGGCCUCCGGGGUCUUGGACGCCGGCUCAGCAGCAGACGCAUCAACAGGAACAGCAGCAGCACCUGCCUCGAAGAGUGGCGUGCCAGUCGUUCCCAUGAAGCUUUUCAUCAGCGUAAAGGCUGCCAGCGCGGAAAAGCAGAUGGAUGCGGGUGAAACGUCAACAAAGGCCUCACCUUCGGCCCAUUGUCGCCUGACGGCGCGGGGGACCCGAUUUGUCAGUCCUUUGCAAGACGGUGCUACGGUCUCGGGGGCAGUGCGGCCGCAGUUUUUGAACUUUUUUUCCGUAGAUCCGCUUGAUUUCCGUAACAGCGGUGCGAAUGGCAUCGACCUGCAACUUAACGUCUUAGCUGGCGGAGUGGAUCUCUGUGUGAAGUACGGAUCUUCUGCAGCUGAGAACAAGGAUGCUGCAGAUGCAAGCCAGAACGAAAUGGAUUCAAUCGCAGCUCAUCAUUGUGACCUUCGGACCGAUACUGUGUCCGGCCGGAGCGCCUUGCGGCUGUUUGCAGUCGCACCCUCCUCGCUCUCCACAGCUGCGGCAGCAGUGGAGAACGCUAUCACGUCUGUUCUACCUGGGACACCAACAUCGAUAGGCCCAGAGCAAACGAAAAAGGCACGCGUGAUCGUUUUCGCAAGGGAGGACACGCCGAGUGCGUAUUCCCUCACAGCAUCGGCCAAGAACACGGUCGCGACACUUCUGGAUGGUGCGCCGACGGAGAUCUUUCUGUCAGCAGAAGAUGCAGCGGCUACUUCUUCUUCGACUAGCAGCAGUGCCUUGGUGAAAAAGACGUUCAAAAUCGCGGAGGGACUAUCAAGUACCCGAACGCGCUUCCGAUUGCGGGUGAGUAAUGGCGGUCCAGUACAGGUGUGCUUUCAAGCUUACCUCCGCGAUGAUUCCUUCGGCAGUAACGCUAAAAACGGAAUCACACUGGUGCCUCAAAUUCAAAUUGCUGGGACCGCCGGCCUAGCUGCGGAUCAUUCGGAUUUGUCAGGUGAUGCCAGUAGCGCUGCAAUAGUCUAUGAUUGGGGUAGAUCAGCUGGCGCUACUGUCGGCGACAAUUCGGACGCAGUAGGAACAACAGCUGCUCCGAGCACCACAGGAGAGGACGCUGACAGCGACAAGCUCAAGGCCGCCUUGAGUGGAGACGGCCAAUCUAGUUCGUCCUCGCAGACCACCAGUGGUGCAAUCCUGUCGUCGUUGAAGAGCCUUGCAGUAGGAGGUAUCAUGGGAUCAUCUUCGACCCCAGGGGAUGUUGACACGCCGGAGAAAAAACUCUUUACUCCGCUCGUGUGUCUUCCCAACAGAACCGUGACACGGUUCGCAGCCGUUGACGUGAUGAAGCCGCCUCCGGAUUUACUGGACGUAAUUCAGGACCUUCGCGUGCACGUCAGCCUCGCGGACAGUACUAGCACGUCAGGGUCCGAGGCAACGUCCGCGAGCGUGGUACUGUUUUCACAGAGGAGCAACGACGUGGUCUUGCGCGAUGGGCAGCAGGUCAUGGACCGGAUUUUUGCCCUCGCGUCUGCGAACGUUGGCACUGUAGUUGCGUCGGAGUACACGAACAAAAACGACUUUCUGCCGGGGACCACCUACUACCGUUUCUUCCUUUUCCCGACGGCGAAUUUUCUGCUGAAGGCUCUGCAAAUCGAGCUGACACUGGACGACUCGACCGCCGCAACUGCUUCGGCUCUAGCAAGCACGCUGUCCUGUGUCUCUAUGGGGUUCUCCGUACUUCCGACCGACGAUGAGGACGAGGAGCCGGCCAACGAGAGAGGCGCAGCAGCGCAAGCCGCGGCCGAUCAAAACCUGCAACUAGCCGAGCAAAUUCGAAUAAAAGAGUCGCCAAAGACGUCGGCGACAAAAUCGCUCACCGCCACGCUGCCAGCCUACCUCGUUUUCCAGUACAGACAGCGAUGGCUGCGCAUCCGGGUCGAGAACCGCUGCAGUGCGCAGCAGGCUAAUUUGAAGAGCCUGCAAUACACGGUUCAAGUGAAAAGUAAAAACUUCUUUGACAGCUUUUCCUCUACCACAAAAGACGUGAAGCCCGUGAAGCUGGUGCUUGACGCACCGCCGCAGCUGGUCACAUUUGACGACCGCGAUGACGAUUUCGGGCUCGCAUCGCCGGACUUCUAUCACGUAGACCUACCAGCAAACAAGGCCCCGGCGGAAACCAUGUCGCCGGAGUUGAAGAAGAAGGAAGAGGAGGACAUGAAAACAGCGCUGGCGAUGCAAAAAAGCGCUGAUGUCAACUCGGGUGAGGGAAAAAGUAGCCUCGGUGCAGCUGCCGCGAAAGCGGUUGAAACCGUCGCGGACAACCUUGAAGCUGCGAAGGAGGCGGUGGAAACGAAAGUGGACGACUUGAAGACAAGUGUUGAGGAUUCGGUGCAAAACGCGAAGAACAAAGUCGAGGACGCUGCGAAAAUGACAGCCAACAAGGUGAUGCAGCUGGCUCCGGUGAGUGUAAUAAAACCCUUUUCGCUGUCGACGGACAACGACCGGGUCUUGCGAGUCGACGUGUGUUAUGGUCGAGUAGUGGUAGCGACGGGAGCGACAGUGGAGAAUCUGAACGUGGAGCACGACGACGCUGCGUCAGCGACGAGAGGUUCCUUCUCUUGGAGCACAGUACUGGGCGGCAAGACGGAGUACGUCGCCGUGCGGGAAGCUAGGCAAGAAGGGGACGACACUGGAGCUGGUGGAGUCAUGCAGCCCUCCGCGUCCGCGUCCGCCUCAAAUACAAAUUCUGCGUCGUCCUCUUCGUCGGAUGCUGAAGCAACGAGUUCGUCCACGAUCUUUUCGGACAGCGUGUUGUCUCAAACCCUGCAACCAAGUUACGAAAUUUCGUUGAAAUUGUCCGGAGCAGAGCAGUCUUCUAGUUCAGGCAGUAGAUUCGACCUGCAGCUCGACAAGUACGGGGCUUUUCAAUACCAGUCGUCCGCAGCGGAUUCACCACAAUACGACAUGCUGGUACUGUUGGACCCUGACAACGCCCAGACCACCAACCUUCGACCGGAAACGCGGUGCGGCUUUGAGACACUACUCGCUGCAGUGCUGGAAGAAAAGCGGUGGGACGCUAAUCCACGGCCACUCCUCCGAUCGCAAAACAAUCUUCUUGCGCGGCGCGACACCGCUGCACAGGUCUUCUUCUCCAGAGGGUCGCUGCUGGUGCUGCAGCCGCCGUUGGAGCAGAGCGGGGAGUCGAGUUCUAAGGAUGGUAGUGCAACGACCAUCCCGUUGCAGGAUCUACUGCAGCAGCCACAAGUGGCAUCGAAUCUGAAGUCUUGGGCGAGUGUCGCCGCCGUUGUGAUGAACACAAAGACGAAAGCGCUAAGCAAGCCCCUGCGGUUCCCCGCCAGCGACUUGCUCACGGGAGUGGGCGUUUCUUCUUCGGAGGCAGAUGUCGGCGCACCGAGGUCGUUCUCCAUGACGGUAAUCGUGGGGCUGUUCAAGAUUUUUUGCAUCUACCUCCUGGUGGUUUUUUUCCUGGGGCGUUGCCUCGGAAUCUCCAACUGGCGGAAGAACUACGUUUACAGACGGCUGUUUUACUUUUGGGACCGCGUUUCCGUAGCGGUGUGCGGACGGCGUGGUCGUUCGUCCGUGGACGACGACCUGUUUUUGGACGAAACCACGCUAGAUGGAAAUGCUUCGCCGGACGCCUACCAUCUACCUAUGGUUUUGGAGCAGGACCAGGCCCAAGCCAGGAGGCGAAAUGGCAGCGGUCAACAGCAAACCGGUGGUUCCUACGUGCCUCCGAAGCUGGGCGUCGAGGGAGCAGGCACAGGAAAGAGUAGCAAUGCAGGAUUCGUUUUUAGAUCGGGCACCGGUUCGUCGAGUACAACCAGCGGAGCGGCAACUACUGCGAUGGGGGGGAACUUUAGCUCCGCGGUCGCUGCGGCAAACACUGCUUUCGUUUUAUCAAGCGGACCCGUGCCGGUGACAUCAGCGGAAUCACUCAGAACAAAUGCAAGUUUAGAUGAGUCUUUCGCGAACACAUACCAUACGCUGUGACAUAGACAUCGCGACGAGUCGUGCAAAUACAGAACAAGUGAAACAAAAAGAUGAUUGACGAGCUCUUGCUCUUUCACUCUUCAAAUGUGAGUCAUUUUCAUUGUGGGUACAGACAACAUGCAAAGAUGCGCGCCUCAAGUGAGAACUUUUGUCCGGUCCUCUUGCUCUUCAGGAACAUACAGCAAUGUGGUUAACCGUCGACAUUACGCAACCACGGUGUCGUCAUCGUCAUCGCGUUCUCACAGGCAUAGCGUAAGGACAUAUGCUGCGCAAGGGCAAGUCAUACUCCUAGUACCAUGCUUCUCUUCAUUGCACAGCAUUUGGCUUUGAAAGAAGAUACUCAAAAACAUGGCGUUCGUGGUUUGAAUUUUUCUUUCUUGACAGCUGAG